AUGUGCGGAAUUGAGCCGGUGACCACCAAUUGGAUGGAGAUUUUCAUAAAAUUAGACUGCCCGCAAAUUUUGAGUAAGUUUUUGAUAGAUCGGAUCUCGAUGACGACCUUGUUUGAUCAGAACAACACCAAAAGUGCUGCACCGCCCACGGAUGGUGUUUUAUUUACAAAAAAGUCUCAAUGGAAGCGUGCAACAAUGAAUAUUGUCGGUGCAUUGAUAGACUGGCGAAAGACGGACUGUGCAAGGUGAGAUUUUGGGUUUUCUAGGCCAGCGAACCGACGAAAAUCAACGUUCUUAGAAAACGUUUUGAGGAAGCCUUGAUUUCAGAGAUUUUCUGUGACAUUUGUGCGCUUUUCCCAACCGCUGGCCUAGAAAUCAUGGCGAAAAUAAACAGCGACCCGUCUCGAGCGAUAGAGCACAAUUGCAACGUACACUCUAUUCCAGACGCAUUCCGAUAACUUCUGCAUGAACGUUAAGAAUCUCGGACCGAUGAUGUGGCCGAUGAUUACCAAGGAUGCGAUGAAUAUGUGA